GUGGUAAUGGCCAACGGUCGCACUUAAAAUAAGAAAACAUUUGUUUUACACUUCGGAUCCAAGAAAAUAAUUGGCUUAAAUAGACUUUAACGACUGUAAUCAUGAGCACCCCUCGCAAGAACUAUAACAACCUGCCGCCCUAUUGCCCACAAGGCGGCCAGUACCCAUCGCAGUCCGCGGACUACAGAUCGCAGCAAUUCGGUGGCCAGCAGAAGCCACAAAAUCCAAACUUUGGCUUCUACGAGGACAAACAGGGCCAGCAAAAUGUUCCGCAUUUCUACCAGAACAAAUCCCCGCAGGAGCCGCAACGCCAUCGGCCCUACGGUCAGUGCAGGAAUUUCGGACGCGGCGGCAACUUCAAUCGCAGGAACCAACAGAACUGGGAUCAGAAUCCGAGGAACCAACAGAACAGGGAGCACAACCGGAGCGGCGGCUCCUUCGGCCAGUAUUUCCAUCCCUCCAUGCUGGAGGAUCCUUGGCGAGAGCUAAUGGAACGCCACGAGGCCAUCCACGGACCCAGCUCUAGCCUAACUCCACCGAAGGAGGUGGAGGUAUCCUAAAAUGUUUAAUACAAUACUAAGACCUAGUUAAGCCCUGUAGGAUAAUUUCACCAAAGCAAAGUAAGAAUUUUAAUUUUAACUUUUCGAUAUUAAACAAAAGGAUGUGUAAACAUAAAAAA